AACCAUUCAGACUCUGUAUAAUACUUAACCAUUCAGAGGCAAAUCUCUUAACCAUUCAGACAUCUGAACCAUUAAGAGGCUGAAACAAACAGUCUGAAUCAUUAAGUGUUGAACCAUUCAGACAUCUGAACCAUUAAGAGACUGAAACAAACAGCCCCUUACACUUUUGCCAUUGUAAACCAUUAAAAUGUUGGUGCAUAUUUUUGAUGCAUAAAUGAGGUACAAAUUUUGGGUACAUGAAAACUAGAAAGUUUUUAGAGAGAGAUUAAUCAAUCAAUCUCCCCCUAUCUAAUGGCGUAGAGUGCGAGUUCCCCAGCAAGGUAUUGAUUGCUAUGGAGGAGACUCCAAGAGGCCACGCCCCACUUCUUCUCCUUUACGACCAGAUCCGCUCUCCCUCCGAUUUCAAUUCCUUCUUCACUAAUCUCAACACGCUCCUCAUCCCCAGCAACAAUGGUGGCCGCCACUGCCGCUCCACAAAUGCCCAUCUCGGCUUCUCCUCAACUACUGUUUCUGUUCAAGACCAAGUCAAAACCCCCCAAAUCCCAAAACCCACUCCUCGGAAAUGGCUAAAACCAGCCUCCAAGGACUCCCCUGGAGUCCAGGCGCUCUUCAAGAACCUAUCUGUUCUUGAAAGAGCACUCAUCGGUGCUGCGGCUGGGGGCAUUGCAGGAGCCUUCACUUACGUGUGUCUUCACCCUCUUGACACCAUCAAAACCAAGCUCCAGACAAAGGGGGCUUCGGAGAUUUACAGUGGCACCAUGGAUGCCAUUGUCAAGACAUUUGAGAGCAAGGGAAUUCUAGGGUUCUACCGAGGGGUUUCAGCCGUGAUUGUUGGGUCAACAUUUUCGUCUGCUGUCUACUUUGGGACUUGUGAGUUUGGGAAAUCUGUUUUGUCAAAAUUCCCAGAGUACCCUCAUGUACUCAUCCCUCCAACUGCUGGUGCAAUGGGUAAUAUAAUCUCUUCUGCUAUAAUGGUGCCUAAAGAAUUGAUCACACAGAGAAUGCAGGCUGGGGCAAAAGGGAGGUCCUGGGAGGUGUUACUGAGGAUUUUGGAGAACGAUGGUGUGAUGGGACUCUAUGCGGGUUACAGCGCUACACUGUUGAGGAAUUUGCCUGCAGGAGUGCUUAAUUACUCUUCAUUCGAGUACUUGAAGGCUGCCCUGUUGAAGAAGACUAAAAAGACGAAAUUGGAGCCGUACCAUAGUGUGUGUUGUGGGGCAUUGGCCGGGGCAAUAUCUGCCUCUUUGACAACUCCUUUGGAUGUGGUGAAGACUAGAUUGAUGACUCAAGUUCCAGGGGAUGCUGCGAACAAGGUUGCUGCCGCAAUGGUUAGUGGUGUUUGGGCAACUUUGAGGCAGAUUCUCAAGGAAGAAGGAUGGAUGGGACUUACGCGCGGAAUGGGGCCUAGGGUACUUCAUAGUUCCCUCUUUUCUGCUCUGGGUUACUUUGCCUUUGAAACAGCUAGGCUUACCAUUUUGGAGGAGUACCUGAAGCAUAAGGAGAGCUCCAAACUGCCCCUAUCAAUCUGAUCCAAUGAAUUCGGAUUAUAUUUUCAAUGCGAUAUGCAACUUGGUGGUCAUGGUAUGCCCUCCACUCUUAGUUUGGAUGAACAAAAAGGACCUCAUGUUUUGGAUGUUUGGUUCAAUAUAAAAGGUUCUUCUUUGCAGGAGGGACUUGCAUAGAUUACAUGAUUUGCUAGGGCAACUCAUUACAUUAUGAUUUUCAAAGGCUAAAAUUGAUUCCCUACCAAAUUGAUUUUCAAAGAGUAUGUAGUUCUCAGUCAUGUUGGACUUGCUUGGCUUCCUUUUUGUUUUUUUUAACUACAGUCUUGUACAACAACUUUUCUAAAUUGCUGGCUAUUUAGAAAAAGGG